AUGCGUCAACUGAAAGCCUAUGAUGAAAAACAAGACCCGAAGAUAAGUGUGCUCGAUGAUUUACGCAUGGUCAAUCAGGCAUGGGGAAAUGUAACGCCGACCACAAUUAAGAACUGUUUCCGACACGCAGAGUUUGCAAAACCCGAUGGCCAUCCAGAACCAGAGAGUAAAAAUGACUCAGACGACAACAUUCCAUUAAGCAGACUGUAUGUACCAAUUGCCACUUACACCAGCUUGGACGACUAUUUGGACACGUGUGAGACCGCGACCGAUGACAGCAUUAUUGACACAAUAAUCAGUGCAAGAAACACAACACCUGAUGAUGACGAUGAUGAUGCUAGUCAUAACGACGACACCACUGCCCCUCCAAAACGACCUACUACGACGGAGACGUUAUAUGCACUUGAUGUUGUGAGAAACAGGAUUGAAACAACAGAAACAACCGACCAUCUACUAGCCGGGUUAGCCCAGAUCACAAGUCAGAGCACACAAGAGAACGAGAAGUGUGGUGGAACGUGGAAUUGGGCAGAUGAAGAGGCGAUUCCAUGUCCUCCAUGGAGAAAUCCGCUUAACACCUGCUAA